CCCAACCCCCGGAGAAGGUGAGGGCAGGCCUCCUCCCCCGCCCUCCCUGGCCUGCUGGCUGAGCUCCCACCAGCCAGCCGCCGCCGCAUCAUCAAUAUUUCAUGGGCGUCAAUAAGAGGCAGCGGCAGCAGCGGGGACAGCGGCUGCAGCAGCGUUCUUGCCAGCUCUAGCCAUAGCUCACUGGAAGAGUCAGGCUCCUGGUACUGCCCACCACCAUGGACGUCUUCAAGAAGGGCUUCUCCAUCGCCAAAGAGGGUGUGGUGGGCGCUGUGGAGAAGACCAAGCAAGGGGUGACGGAAGCAGCUGAGAAGACCAAGGAGGGGGUCAUGUAUGUGGGAGCCAAGACCAAGGAGAAUGUUGUGCAGAGUGUGACCUCAGUGGCUGAGAAGACCAAGGAGCAGGCCAAUGCUGUGAGUGAGGCCGUGGUCACCAGCGUCAACACAGUGGCCAUCAAGACGGUGGAGGAGGCGGAGAACAUCGCCAUCACCUCCGGAGUGAUUCGAAAGGAGGACCUGGAGCAACCAGCUCCCUCGCAGGAGGACAAGGCAGCCAAAGCGGAAGAGGAAGUGGCUGAGGAGGCCAAGAGUGGAGGAGACUAGAGGGAUGCAAGUCAGCCAUGGAGGAGGAAGAGCCCUCUGCCUUGGACCCCACCGGGCAUGAGGACUGCCCAGCCCUGGAGCGUGACCUGGGUUGCCCAUGUUCCCACACCUGACCACCCACAGGGCCUGUCCUCCUACACUGCCUUCACCUCCCUCACCUCCCUUAAUCAGUCGCUUUGCCCCCUGGUCCUUCUGACCCCACAGAUGCUGCUGUGAAUUUUUGUUUUUAAUGAUUCCAAAUAAAACUCAAGUCCUCAUUCCUGACCAUAACAUGCCCAUGCUUCCUUAC